AUGAAGACGCCAAAAGUGAAGAAGAGAGAGGUCUCAGUCCACUCUCGCGCAGCUCGUCGAGGCAAAGAGCCACCAUCCAAGGACCUCUCCGUCAAGACACCCACCGAAGAAUCCGACUACAAGCCAUGGAUGCACAGCGCUCAGAAUGCCGGCAUUUCGAAGAAGAAGAAGUCCAAGACACAGACCCACGCUCAGCGCAUGAGACAGGAGAAAGCUCUGGAAAAGGCCGAGCAGAUUGCCUCUAGGUUGGAGAAGAAGGUCGGCGAUAGUAAGAAGAAGUCGAAGAAGGUCCAGGCUAGAGCGGCGGACUGGGAGGAGCUGAAUGGGAAGCUGGGUCCGAUGAAGGAGGAGAAGAAGGCUGUGAAGAAGACUGGCAAGGUCGGAGAUGCUGGGCGGGCGAUGGAGGAUGUGGUUCUGCCCGAUCUUGAGCAGCCAUUGCCGAUUCGAAAUGUGGAGAUGUCUGCGGCGGAGGAUAUGUCUGCUAAGAAGCAGAUCCCGGAGACCACUGAGCUCGAGGACGAGGUGAUAUGA